AUGACUAAGGUGGCACGCAUUUCAGACGUACAAGCGGCAUUAAAUUCUAGAUUUAUAGUUACACAACAUUUGGUAAUACAAGUACUUGCUGAUAAAUCUCUUAUUGAUGAUGAAAAAACUUAUGCAAUAAGAGAAUUAAAUAAGACAUACGAUAAAAUUAAAAUUAUGAAUAAUCAAGGAACAAGAAGAAUUUGUGAAAAUUGUAAUCAAAAAUGUUUGGCUACAUUAUAUUGUGAAUAUUGUGUUCUAAAUUAUUUAAAAGCAAGCUUUUCAAAUUGGACAUCUGGAAAUUAUAAUAUCGAUAAUUUAAUACAAAGAUGUCAAAUGGAAACACUUAGACCAAAUGUGAUAGUUGAAUGGAUCCCAUAUAAUAAUUUUCAAGAUAUUUGUUAUUUAACAAAAGGUGGAUUUUCUGAAAUUUAUACAGCAGUCUGGAUCAAUGGUGGAUAUGAAGAAUGGGAUUCCGAAAAGCAAAAAUUAAAAAGAUUUGGAAAUCAAAAGGUUAUACUUAAAGAAUUAGAAAAUGUUGAAAAUGCAAAUCGAAGUUGGCUUGAAGAGGUUUGUACUUAUUUGGAAGCAUUUAACGUUUAA